CUCUCUCUCUCUCUCACCCCUACAAAAAGCCUUUGUCAGCUUGCUUCUCUCUCCAACGGCAACUUCCAUUUCUGUCUCUCUUUCAUUUCCUUGCCUUUCUUUUCCCUAUUGUUUUAUUUGCUAAAUUGGUAAGAAGAAUAACCAAGAAAUCAUCAUUUACUUCAAUGGCCAAACCUGCACAAAGUUCAGCAGAGGAAACUGAAACCACCAAAACCAGCUCAUUCCCGUCGUCGUCGUCGUCGUCGUCUUCUUCUUCCUCAACAUCUUCAUCUGGGUCUGCUCAGUCCUUGCCAAACUCGGCCUCGAACCAACUCACUACCACCAGUACCAACAACAAACAGUACCCAGUUUACAGGGGAGUCCGGAAGCGUAGCUGGGGCAAGUGGGUGUCCGAAAUCCGCCAGCCCAGAAAGAAAUCGCGCAUUUGGCUCGGCACUUACAACACCGCGGAGAUGGCGGCCCGGGCGCACGACGCCGCCGCGCUGAGCAUCAAGGGCAAAUCGGCGAUCCUCAACUUCCCUCAGCUCGCCGCGUCGCUGCCCCGUCCCGAGUCCCUCUCUCCUCGCGACGUUCAAGCCGCCGCGGCCAAAGCGGCCGCGAUGGAGCAUUUCAGUUCUCCUAUGAUCACUUCCUCGUCGUCGGAAGCUUCGGUUGCGACGACCGCUUCCGACGAACUGGGCGAGAUAAUUGAGUUACCGAGUUUGGAAGGGAGUUUAGACUCGCCCGAGUCGAGAACAGAGUCCUUUUUUGUUGACUCGGUUGAUGGGUGGAUUUAUUCGCCUUGGGGGUGGCAAGAAACUGGGUUCUGCGGCGAUUAUUUUGAUCAGUCGGGGGAGGCAGAUUAUGUGAUUCCAUUAUUUCAAUGAGCUUGAGUUUGAAAUAUAGGACUCGUCUUAGUCGAGCUGCACGUAAACAGCCGAGGCACUGAGUUAUCAAAAAAUACUUAGCUUUCAGUUUCAGACUUGUCCAUAUAAGCUUUCAGUUCCUGUGUAUAAGUACUUGUCCAUAUAAGAUUAGUUCAAAAUACCUUAUUAUUCUCGGGCUGUGUCAGUGUAAGAUCAUAGGUACUCCUAGUUGGAGCCAUAAGAUUAGGUCUUCAAUAACGGCCAUGUACACUUUUUACUGAGAUAUUAUGGUAGACUUCAACUCAAAA